AUGACACUCGGCCUUCCGUUGGAGUUGUUUCAGAAAAUCUUGCUAUAUCUCGACAUCGAGUCAUUCUAUUCUGUGACGCGAACAUGCCGAACAUGGCGCGAUUAUGCUCUGGCUCAUUAUGUUCUCCGGAAACAACUGAAAAGCACACCGAUGACAGACUCGCUGCCCGAUAACACUUCCUACACUGAUUUGGUGUCGUGGUUCAAUUACAUCUCGAAAACCCAGUUACUUGGACUUCGGGUCAGCAAUUGCAAAAAGAUCCGCAAUUCACGGUCGAACUGCGCAAACAAUGUUCCCAUCUGGUCUACCCAGGGGAAAAUUUGGACCGAGAUGCAAGGGCUAGACCUGAAGAUCGCUUCGCCGUUGGGCACAAUUCAGCUUACACUAAGCCCCUCAAUCUUUCCACGGCCAGGGGAAGUCAGUAAAGCACAGCAAUGGUUUUGUUCGGGGGGCCAAGCCGCCAGAUACCAGAUUGCUCUAUCGGGCAAACAAGAUUUGGUAGCUGUGGCGCUAGGAAACAAAGUGCACAUCUAUUCCGUUGGAGUAGGCCUGACUUCCGAAGAUCAUGUGGAGUGCGCAUUCCAAGGCACUUCGCUCAACUGGGCACAGAGCGUCGAGUUUGCAGAGUCGGACACAUUGUUACGCUGUGAAAUCAACCGUGGAGGUGCGACGGUUGUUCAAUAUCGCGGUUUCGGCACGAAGUCCACGGGAGCCUCGUUAAGUGGUCUGGAAUAUUGGCAAACGGCCUUAAGCAACGUCUACUUAGCAUCCGACACAGUACCUCGAAUCGACUGGUUUGGUCUUCGCGGUGUAAGAUUGUUACCUUGCACUGGAAACCACCCAGAAAAUCCAUCUCGGCCACGUUCGGGCCAUCCGCAGUCCUUUGUCGCCAUUAUGCAGCGAGGAAAUCAAACUUCAUAUGGACUAUGCAGCCAAAGCAGUGAUGGAAAUGCUGCCAUCGCAUGGGAGGUUGCAUAUCAGAACAAAUCGACCGAUGAACAAGUCGCCAUGAAGGACGAUCCCCGUUGGAAUCCUGCCAAAUUGCCUCUCGGCCAAUGUCACAAGACGAUAUUAGCCAUCUCUGACGAUGCUCGUCUUCUGGCUAUAUUUGAACAGCCCAGCAAUACAAGACCAGGCGCACUUUAUAUAUGCUCACUUCAUACGCAUGAGAUGACGGAAAAGCCAGUCCCGGCCAAAAUUGUCCGGCGGUGGCCUCUCCUCCUUGGUAUUUUGGAGCACAAUAUCAUAGGCCUCAGGGUUAUUCGGCAAAAUUCUCUAGACUGCGGGAAACCAAAGCAAAUGUACACUGUUGAGGCGCAAUCUUAUGGAUUUAAUUUCGGGUGGUCAUUAUCUGCAUACUGA